AGGACACCGUUUCACAGACCGAUUGAAAAUGGCAUCAAGAGGUCCCGCCUCCCCAACGCUCUGGCGUCAAAUCAAAAAGGAACGGUCGCCUUCGAUAGGCCAGGCGACAGAAUGCACGGAGGGCUGGACUUUCGGGAUGGAGGCACCGAUUGUGGAUUUCUUCGAUCAUGAUUACAUUACACAAUUUAUGCCUCUGGAUGAGAUUCUUCGUGGUAAUGCUGACCAAAUCAUGGAAAAGGCUUACAGGCAGGAUGCGCCGGGUCAAAACUACCUUCCUUUGACUGCUCGUGGUUACAAAUACCGGUGGGUUCAUAUCCCCACAAAUAACAUGAUCUGGGUUGAGGAAGUCAUGAAGAGAGUCUGCGAAUCAAAGAAUAAAAAGGAGGCCAAGAAAAUGGCCGAUUCGAAAAACACGAAGGGAGGCAAGAAUAAUAUGAAAGGGCUGAAGUGCUUGAGGGCCGGAGAUAUUCUGAACCCCAAGUACUGGCAAGAUCAACAGCGUGGGUGUCUCGAGCACUGCGCCAACCAUCCGCUCUAUUCGCGACAUAUGGUGCCGUUCUUUGCGGAAAUUCCCACCGAUUGGGAAACUGCAACAGCUUCUGUAGUAGCCCCUGUCACUGAAUCGACAAGUUUUCAAGAGGCGACUCCCUCAAGGACGCCAAUUUUCCAGGGCUCCAAAAUACCCCUUAACACUGAAUUCUUAUCUGGUUUGAAAUCAUCUCUCAACAAACCAAAGAAUGUGAACAUGGUGCUUUUUAUGCCUUAUCUGCAUUGGGCAACUAGUGGCGAGAACCUGAAUCACAGGAAUGAGGUGAUCAAGAGACUUGAUGAGGAAUUCAAAGAUCCUGACUAUCAGCGUCCAUCAUGCGAGGAUAUUGAGAGAAUGGAGUCUCUCAUGAAAAUGAGAGUAUUGCGAGCAUUCUUAUAUCCUAUUGGUGACCGUUGCUUACACAUUCGGAGGACUUUGGAUCAAUACUAUUACAGUACCCUGACAGAGGCUGAUGAACGAACUGAAGAUCAAGUCGUCUAUAAAUUUGCGAAGAAACAGCACAGAAGGAGAAUGGAAGAGGAAGCGAAAGCUAAAAAGAGGGAGAGGGAGAGGGAGAAGGUAAGGAAGGUGCAGACGCCCCGAGGGUCCCAAAACAGUUUCAAAACUUCGGAUGAGGGAGAGAAACAAGAAAAGAAGAAGGUAGAGCCAUCCUGGGACCCCCCCAAAGUAAUGAUGGUCAACCAGUUGUGGAUGUGGAUAGUCGAUGGCGAUACCGUAAUAACAAGUUUCCCAUCGAAGGCUAAAUCAGAGCUCUCGAUGGAUGAUUCCGUGAGCAGCGAGGACUAUAUGAAAGGGGAUGAACUGUACGAUUCUACAGAUAUUUGGAGGGCAGUCCAGAGAGAACUGCGACAUAAAACCAACUAUGGCCAGCGGACUGCAAAAUCAGCACUUGAUCUCGCAUGGACAAUAGCCGAUCAAGCCCGAGGAGUAUUUCAAAAACGAAACCUUCAUCCUCAUCUGCAAUUCAUCCAGAUGUUUGAGAUGGAAAUUAACGAGAUUACUUUCAAUCAAACAAAGGCAUUUGAUGCAUUUAGAAGUAACGUCCAGGCUGCACACAAUGCAAAUAAUAUGGGAAAGCUUUUUGCAUCGCUGGUAACAUUUCAGAAAGAGAAUUUUGUAACUAACCAACCCAAGACAUGGAAGCUGAACUUCCGACGGUUUGCCAUAGACUUUAGGGAGAAGUUCAAGGAGAUUGCCGGUGAUACUGAGGCCGAGAAACCGAGUACUCCAGUCUAUAGCUCUUACAAUGAAGAUUCAACCUUACGACCUACAAGCAGCAAUACUCUUUCCUCUAUAGACAACGAGUUUUGGGAAGACGUCUUGAAAAGUACCUACAACGAGCUCGAAGAAACAAUCGCUACUGCUCGCAAUAUAGGUCUUACGAACUCAGAUCUCGAGGCUCAGAUACUGGACUGUCUUAUGUCACGCUUCGGAGAGCUCGAGAUACUCAUCGGGGAAGCUCAUUCCACGCAAUCGAUGAAUCGGAAACUGAACUGCCUCGUGGACGCAUCCACCAAGUCACUGGAAUGGUACACUGAGAUGGUCAUGGACGAUGUUUUCGACAUCACCACCGAGACGAAUCUCGUCAGCGAAAUCAAAGAUAUCCUGGACGAGCUAAACAUCAUCAGUUCUGUCGGGCGUCAGCAAGCGACCGUCAUGGAGCCGUUCAUGAUGGAUAUGCUCCAUCAGUCCCCGGAAACACAGGAUAAAGAUUUCCACGACAGCACCCGGCUCGGAAACCAGAUCGAGGCGCUUCAGAAGACGGCCCAAUCUACGUAUACCGCCUUGCAAGACCUACUGGAUCUGAAACAGAAACAAGCAAGUGUCAUCGAAGCUCGCUCCGCAAGGAAGGAUGCUAAAGCCUCGGCCGACCAAGCUGAAGCCUCCACAUCCCUUGCCUACGAGACUGUCAAGCAGGGCUGGAGCAUUAUGAUCUUCACGAUUGUGACAAUCAUCUUCCUUCCUCUCUCAUUCUUCACCGGUCUAUUCGGGAUGAAUGCAAAGGAGCUCCUCUCAGCCGACCACUCCAUCGGAUUCUACUCAGCUAUCAUGUACCCUGUAUCCUUCGUCAUAAUCUGUGUCUCUCUAGGCUUAGCCCUAAACACCGAAUUCCGCCUCCUUGCGCAGCUCCUGCUACGGAAAUUCCUACAUUUCACACGCUUGUCGAAGCUCUGGACGUCACGGUUCGGAUUCGGCGCGUGCACGGAUGGCAUCAUGGAGUCAAUUGAGAAGGAGAAGAGGAAGAGAAGGACGACGCAUGAGUAUAAGAAGUGGGAGGUUGGUUUCUGAGGGUAGUUGCAGCUCCAGUAGAAGUAAGGUCUGACUGGACGGAGCUUAUGCUUCGUUUUGUACCCCAAUAAAAUAUAUUUCUAGGUCUCGGCUGUCCCAUUGCACUUGGACUUAGCAUUCGGACGGAAAUCAUACCUGGG